GGGGUAGUAGAAAGAAAGGAGAGAAUGCAGGCAAGCGCAGUUAAUUCAAUAGAGCCCUUCAGUUUCCGGUGCCGUCCUGUAUCUGUGUGCACACGGUACAUCUACGCAUAAUGAGCCUCGGCAAAGUAAGACAAGGCAAGACAAGGUGAAGCAACGUCUAAUGAGGCAACGUUGUCUGUCGUUUGCGGAAGGGGAAAAAUAUGGGGGAAACCAGUGCGUUACGCGCUCAUCGCACACAUGAGUGUCAAUUGACGGCAGUCCAGCUUCGGCAGUGUCCAGAGGCGUAGGUGGAUGAGCGGCGGCAGCGCUUGGAGCACGUUUACAGCUUUGGUGCGCAAAGCAUGGAUCUGACAAGGCAGCAACAACAGCGAUCGCUGGCGAGCGCGUGCCGCGGCCCGUCGCCGUUUCCACGCAGACCAUGGAUGAGCGAGACUGGCGUCGCCGCCGCCGCCGCUGCCUCCGGCAACCUGGGCCUCAAAGGGGUCAUAGCCGGUGGUAUUACUGGAGGCAUAGAAAUUUGUAUCACAUAUCCCACCGAAUACGUUAAAACGCAGUUGCAAUUGGACGGAAAAGCCGGUGCUGGUAAAGAAUAUACAGGAAUAGCUGACUGUGUCACCAAGACCAUCAAGACUCGCGGAUUCUUUGGUUUAUACAGAGGCUUGUCUGUUCUGCUUUAUGGUUCUAUACCAAAGUCGGCAGUGCGAUUUGGCGCUUUUGAGUCGGUGAAAAAGCAAUUGGUGGAUGCGGAUGGAAAGCUCAAUCCACAAAGGAGGCUCUUCGCCGGCCUUUGCGCUGGUGUGUGCGAAGCUAUUUUCGCGGUUACUCCGAUGGAAACGAUUAAGGUGAAAUUCAUCAACGAUCAACGUUCGGCGAAUCCGAGAUUUAGAGGAUUUUUUCAUGGAGUUGGCAUGAUUGUGAAGGAACACGGCUUCAAAGGAGUGUAUCAAGGAGUAGUGCCAACAAUCUUAAAGCAAGGAUCUAAUCAAGCCAUCCGUUUCUUCGUGAUGGAAACAUUAAAAGACUGGUACAAAGGAGGUGACAAUACUAAAAGUGUUCCUAAAGUAGUCGUCGGUGCAUUUGGUGCAGUUGCUGGCGCAGCAUCAGUUUUUGGAAACACGCCUAUUGAUGUUAUAAAAACUAGGAUGCAGGGAUUGGAAGCUUCAAAGUAUAAGAGCAGUAUGGAUUGCGUGGUUCAGGUGUGGAAGAAAGAGGGUCCAAUGGCAUUUUACAAAGGAACCAUUCCACGAUUGGGCAGAGUAUGUUUAGAUGUUGCCAUAACAUUCAUGAUAUAUGAUUCCUUCAUGGAACUUUUCAACAAAGUAUGGCCUUAGGUCUGUCACAUUUUGUAUAUACACGAUACAUUCUCUCAGAUUUUACAAAUAUUGCUUUUAUGUUGACUUAUUUUUAAAAGCGUAUUUGUGUAUAACAUAUUUUUUAGAUUAAGAAUUUUUAUUUAUAUUUUUAUUUAAGAUAUAUAUUUGCGAUGAGAAUGUUAUUUGAUGGUAAUGUUCAUAACAGCCACAUAUCGAAAAUCACGAUGAAGCAAAUGUGUCGCGAAUGCAUCUCUUUCACACAAAUCGAUUUUAUUUAUGAAGAUAUGAGCUUUUAUUUUACAUGGUAUGAUUGUGUGAUAUUACUACCUCCGGUUCUAGUUGCAUUUAUAUAGGAUGUGCAAUGCACAAAAAUCUUCAAUUAACUACGAAAAAUUAUAAGCCUGUUCUAUUUAACUGAACUUUUUGCACGGUUCAUCUUUUCUCUUUGUUUGUCGAAUGUGGAUAGAAAAAAAAGAAAUAUGAACCGUGCAAGAACUUUAGCUAAAAAAAAAACAGACCUAUUGUAUUUUAUUGAAUUCAUGUCGUGAAUAACUUCGUUUAGAGAGUUAUAGAACAACAUUCUGCAAUGACGUUACAUUCCUGCAAUCUCAGUCAAAGAUACGAAUACAAGAAUAUUGUUUUUAUGACCUGUUAAAGUGUGAGAAAAUAGUCCGUGUAUAAUAGAUGUGUAAGCAAUAACAUGCAUAUGCCAAUACGUAGAUACAUGUAUUUAUACAUACAGAAUAUAUUUAUGUACAAUUUUGUACAAAGGGACACAGCAUUAAUGACACUAAUUAAUGAAACAAGGAAAAUUUUUCAACGAUUUUAAUUUUAAGUAAUUUCUCGUACACAAAAAUUUACAUUGAUGUUGCAGAGUAAAUAUAGAAGGAUGUAUGUUAAUAAAAAAAAUA